GAAAACAAUCCAGUGGUCAAGUCGCAGUGAACAAAAGUGGUGAAAUUGGGUGAAAUUUAUAACUGAACAACUUAUUUUCUUCAGAAUUACCUUUAUUGUAAAAAUAUUUAAUUUCAAAAUAGUUUUUUUGGCAUAAAAUUUAAAAUGCGCCUAUUGAAAAUUAAGCUGCAACGCAUUCUUCGGAUGCCAUUACUUUUUGCCCUCUUUGGCUUCUUUUCUUGUGUUAUUCUUUCUGUUGUGUACAACUUUGAAGACGCUACCAAGACACAUUGUAAUGUUCCAAACUACAUACCAUCGAUAAGCACAUCAAUAGGAGAUUUCAGGCCACAGACUUAUAUAUGGAGGAUAUGUAUUGCGCUUCACUGUUUUCCACGAAUUAUGAUCUCAAUUUUUUAUUUCAACUACUAUGCACUCAAGUUAAAAGACCCGCCAUCAACACAGUUUACAAUUUUAAAUGGACUCAAUUCAUUGCUAACAAUUUUGGAGAUUCUUGCUUUACUGGUUCUCACUUAUGUAUCAUCAAGAGAAAAUUUUGGAAUCCAUGAAAAUGCAUUUAUAUCAUUUAUGGUGUGUUCUAUGUGUUACAUGCUUACAACAUGCAUUUUAUUUAAAUGGACAUCAAAAGACCCCAUGACUAACGAGGAAGUAAAGUCAUUUAAAAGAAAAAUUUAUCUAAUGAUUACAAACUACAGCUCAUUUGCAUUGGCAGUAUAUUUUUAUUUUCGUCAUAACUGGUAUUGCGAACCUGGAAUCUACAGUUAUUUUGCUCUUUGUGAAUAUGUAACUGUUCUGACGAACAUUUGGUUUCAUUCCACAGCAAUAAUCGAUCUCGGAGGAUUACACAUAACUAUUGGUCAUGAGCAUUCCAGUUGAAGUUUCUACCCAAAAUUUUAGCAGUACAUGUAUGUAGCUGAGUAUUCAAACAAAAAAUAUUUGUUCGUCGUAGCCAGUAGUCGUAGUAUGUAAAGAACAAAUAAGUACCGCUGAGCUAUAUAAAAAUUCCUGGAGGAAGUUCUCGUCAUAUUUCAGUAACUUCGCCACUAUUUUUGCAGACACUUCUCGGCUGAGAGCAAGUCAUCCAGGAAUUUUAAUAUAGCUCAGUGAUAAGUGAACGUGGUGUCCCUACAAAUUGAUUAUUUAGCAAAGUGCAAAAUUUCAAGAAUAUUAUUACUAACUUUCGAAUAGAUUAUUUUUAUAAGUUCGUUGACAUUGUGACGUCAUGUGUGUAUAUAAACUUUAGCAAAACACAAUUCUCGACCAAUCAAAUUGUUAGAGAUUUAAUCUAUAUUAUGAUAGAGGAAAUAUAUCUAAAUUAGUUUUGCUGAUCAAAUUAAGAACACUAACUAUGUUAGAUUGCUGCAUGAUUUUAUUUAGAUGAAGGAUGAGAUCCUUAUAACGUGUUAUCCUUAACAUUUAUUUUACAGUUUAUAGUCUAUUUGCUGUGUGUGAGUAUUCUGCUGUACUGUCCAAUAUAUUCUUUCAUCAACAAUC